GAGUAUGAGGGUGAACGCAAUGCAGAAGGCGAACGACAUGGAUCUGGAAAAGCAUAUCUACCCAAUGGUGACACAUACAAUGGAGAAUAUGAACAUGGUUUAAGAAAUGGGCAGGGGACCUACAGAUUUAAAAAUGGUGCUUGCUACAUUGGACAAUAUCUUCAAAACAAAAAGCAUGGCCAGGGCAUUUUUUUUUAUCCAGAUGGAUCAAAAUAUGAAGGACACUGGGUGGAUGACCAGAGACAUGGCUAUGGACAGUAUACAUAUGCAAAUGGAGACACCUAUACUGGAGAAUGGUUUAACCACAAUAGGCAUGGACAAGGUAUAUACGUCCAUAAAGACACAGGAUCUAGGUACGUUGGUGGCUGGGUAAAUGGAAACCAGGAAGGAGAAGGUGAACUUAUCCACCUAAACCAUAGAUUUAAGGGCAAGUUUUUGAAUGGAAAUCCUGUAGGUCGUGGGAAAUAUGUCUUUGAUAUUGGAUGUGAGCAGCAUGGUGAAUACAUACAAUCAGAGCAGGAUAAAGGAGAGGGAGAAGGAGAGGGAGAAGAAGAGGAAGAUCCCUCAUUACUUGUUGCACCAAAAUGGAAAGUGUCAGAAAUUACCAAAUUAACAUUCUGGACUCCCCAUGGGGAAAACCCACCUUCUCCCAGAAAAGCCUCCCUCGUGGCAGCAGCAGCAGCAGAAUCAGUGGAAGAAAAAGAAGCAGCACCACCAGUAGUCGAAGAGGGGAAAAUACCAACCAUUGCAGUCACUGAUGAGUCUGCUGAGGGUAGGGAUGAUGAGCCUUCUCUUCAUGAAGUAUCCGGUGAAGUUUUUAGCCCAUCAAGGGAUGCAGGAGAGGAAGAUGAGGGAAGCAGAGAUGAAGAAGAAAACAACGAUCCGGAAGAUCAAGGAACUACCAGUUUAGAGGAAAAGGAGGAUGAAUCAAAGGAAGCAGAGUAA